CGAACAGAAUAGAAGCAGAGGAAGCUGCCCGCCGCCCCUCCCCCAACUUCAGGAACCCUAGGCGUCGCCGCGUCCCUUCCCGUCGGCGCCGCCCGCCGCCGCUACCCCUGUCGGUCGUUGUGCUUCCUAUCCAGCCCCCCAGUCCCCUUCUGGCUUUCUCCACCUCGGCGAGACAGUCACUACCCCUGCCGGCUGUCGUGGGCUGCUGCCCUGUCCGGCGAGGCGGCGACCCUGACGAACUGCCGGCGCGGUGGCCCUUUCCAGGAGGCAGGAGUCACCUUUCUCCUCAGCGGCCGCAACACAGAGGCACAGAGCAGACAAUAGCAGCCAACAAGAGCAAAGGCAGUUCUUCCAAACCCCAAUUUCUGUUUGUAGAUGCUACUGUUUGAUGACGGUUUUUGUCAAUUUGUAGAUGACACCGUUGUUGCUUGAUGCCACUAUUUGUUAGAUACUUAGAUAAAAUUUGACAUUUAGUAAUUUUGUUUUCAUAUAUAAUGUUACAGGAAGGCAAGAUGAGUAAAAGAAACAGGACAUUGAAUUCAUUUUUUGAAGUUCGAACCACUGGCACCGUAGAAACGGGUCCUUCAAUUCAAACAACUGAUAAUACCCCUCGUAUUGUAGCUAAACUGAAGCCCGGUGAUAUUGAAGCAGGCCUUGGUAAGAGAAUACCAAUUGAGGAUUUGGAUGCAGACAUUAGAGAUCUUGCUAGAAGGGAGUACAUUAGUAUGGGUCCAUGCCAACCAACUAAUCAUACAUAUGAACGGUUAAAUGGUAGAAGCUUUCAUGGUUAUUGGUUCAAUGAUCAUCGCGGCUGGUUAGAAUAUAGCAUUGAAAAGAACGCAGUCUUUUGCUUUUAUUGUUUUCUAUUUAAGCAACCAAAAGCUAAAAACUAUGGUAUUGAAGCAGUCACGAAAAAUGGAUUUAAAUCUUGGAAGGAUGGGCCUAAAGUUUUCAAUCAACAUGUUGGCAAGCAUGAUAGUGCUCAUAAUAAAUCUAGGCAACAUUAUGAGGAUUUCAAAAAUCAAAGACAAAAUUUGCCACAUGUGUUUGAUAGGGGUUCUAAUAAGAAAGAAGAAGAAUACAAAGCUCGUCUCUUGAUUAUAAUGGGUAUUGUCAAAUUUUUGCUACUACAAGCUCUUGCCUUUCGUGGUCAUGAUGAGUCUACUAGCUCAAUGAAUAAGGGUAACUUUAGAGAGUUGUUGGACUUGUUCAUAAAGAAAGACCCGAAGGUGGAAAAAUUGUUUGGGGAUGCAGGAGAUAACCAUAAAUUGACUUCACAUGAGAUACAAUUGGAUUUAUGCAAGGCUUGUUCACAAGAGACCACCAAAGUCAUUCUUGAGGAGAUUGGAGAGAGUAAAUUUCCAUUACUUGUUGAUGAGUCUAGAGAUGCAUCUAUGAAGGAGAAAAUGGCUAUGUGUUUGAGGUAAGUCGGCAAACGAGGGGAGGUGAUUGAAAGAUUCAUGGCAGUUGAGCAUGUUCCUGACACAAAAGCAACUUCACUAAAGAUAGCUUUAGAUGGUAUGUUUGCUACUCUUGGCUUGUCUAUGUAUAAUCUGAGAGGGCAGGGUUAUGAUGGGGCUUCAAACAUGAGAGGGGAAUUUCGUGGAUUGCAAAGAUUGAUCUUGGAAGAAAAUCCUUAUGCUCACUAUAUACAUUGUUCUGCCCAUCAGUUACAAUUAGUGGUUGUUGCUGUUGCCAAGUGUUGUUCAUCAGUAAGGGAUUUUUUGAAUACACAAGCAUGGUUGUUAACAUUGUUAAUGCUUCUUCUAAAAGACAUGAUCAGUUAGCCCAAGAGCAACAUGAUGAAAUAGUGCGACAAAUAGAGGCCAGGGAACUUCUUGAGGGAAGAGGGAAAAACCAAUUAACUAACCUUGCUAGACCUGGUGAUACACAGUGGGGGUCAAAUCACAAAACCUUGUGCCGUCUUGUUGAGAUGUGGAAACCAGUUAUGAAGGUAUUAGAAAAUUUACACAAUGAUGCAGAUAAUGUUGCCCAAAAAACCACAGCCGCGGGGUUGAUAAAGCACAUGGAGUCCUUUGAAUUUGUUCUCAUCUUGCAUCUUAUGAUUAUAUUAUUGGGCAAGACUAACAAUCUGUCACAAUGCUUGCAAUUGAAAAUCAGCAUAUUGUACGUGCGGUGGGAUUGAUUAAAACCACGUUGGAGGAUAUUCAAGAGAUACGGCAGAAUGGUUGGGAUUAGCUCUUUAAAGAGGUAACUGACUUUUGUGUCAAAUACUACAUUGUAGUGCCAAA